AUGACCCCCGCAGAGGGCACCGUUCACAUGUUUGCUAAUGGCGGUGCCGAGAUCUCUGAUGACGGCUCGAUUUCUGUUCUCUCUGGUUCAACUUGGGGCGGCGGCGGGACCGUCAACUGGUCUGCCUCUCUGCAGACCCAAUCCUUUGUUCGCCAGGAGUGGGCAAAGUCCGGCUUGGACCUCUUCACCUCGAUGGCCUUUCAACAGUCUCUAGAUCGCGUCUGUGACUAUAUGGGCGUUUCCACCGAUAUCGAGCAUAACUUCUCCAACAACGUUCUCCUCGAAGGCGCCCGUAAACUUGGCUACACAGCCAAGACAGUGCCCCAGAACACCGGCAACCAGGAGCACUACUGUGGGUACUGCACCCUAGGAUGUGCUUCUGCCGUCAAGCAAGGUCCCGCUGUUUCCUUCCUUGCCGACGCCGCCCGGGCUGGUGCCACGUUUAUUGAAGGAUACGAGGUCGACAAAGUCUUGUUCGACCCCCGUGCUCCCGGGAAGAAUAAAGUUGCUAUCGGAGUUCGAGGCACUUGGAGGUCUAGAGACGCCAACUCCAUGACACAUGGAGAGCCGCUCAUCAAGAAAAAGCUGGUCGUCAAGGCAACCAAGGUAAUUGUCUCCUGUGGCGCCCUCCAAUCUCCGCUUCUACUCCUCCGCAGCGGCAUCAAAAAUUCAAACAUUGGACGAAACCUACAUCUUCACCCAGUCCUUAUUGUCGGCGCUGUGUUCAACAAGGAAACGCGCCCGUGGGAAGGCGGAAUCUUGACCUCACUUGUCAGUGACUUUGAAAACACCGAUGGCACUGGGCAUGGCACCAAAAUUGAGGCUCUAACAAUGCUGCCUUCAAUCUUUCUUCCCUCAUUUACCUGGAAAGACGGGCUUGAUUUCAAGCUCUUUGCUGCUAACCUUCGGAGCAUGAGUGGCUUCAUCAGUCUCACACGAGACCGAGAUUCAGGCAUGGUUUAUCCCGACCCCGUUGAUGGGAGGUGCCGGAUAAAGUACACCCCUUCCUCGUACGAUCGCAAGAACAUGCUCGAGGGAGUCAUAGCCAGUGCCAAAAUAGCUUACGUCUCUGGCGCUAAAGAAAUACGCACAACCUGCCAUUCCAUCCCGCCUUUUGUGCGCCCAAAAGACCCCGCCGGCUCAGUUGAGGAGGGCAUCAAUAACGCCGCCUUCAAGGCCUGGAUCCAGCAAUUCCAGCAGGGAGACCCCCUCCCCACCUGGGCUUGUUCGUUUGCUAGUGCACAUCAGAUGGGCACUUGUCGCAUGGGCACAUCGUCUUGGAAGAGCGUUGUCAACCCUCUUGGUCAGGUUUGGGGAACUGAAGGUCUGUAUGUUAUGGAUGCCUCGGUGUUCCCGAGCGCAAGCGGUGUCAACCCCAUGGUGACCAACAUGGCAAUCAGCGACUGGACAAGUCGCCGCCUAGCCGAGUUGAUGAAGAAGGAGGCCUCCUCGAUUGGAUCGCCGCGACUUUAG